AACUAUAAAAAAAAAAAAGAAAGAAAACAAGAAAAAAAUUCUUUGCGAAUAUAAAAUGAUUGGUUUAGAUUUAAAUCAAGAGAAAUCUGAAAGUUCUCUUAGAACUUUAUCUCUACAACUGUUACCUUUCCGAAAGGCGGCUGAGGUUCAGAAACUUAACCAAGAGCAGAUAACUCCUUUUUUUUCUAAAAUCAGUUAUGCCAGCUUUCUCAAGAAAGGUGCAUGUAAUUGUCAUCGCUGAGAUUUAACUUUUUAAGUUACUGCAGUAUUACAAGUGUUGGCUAUGCUCCAAAUGUAUAUUGCAGGGUAUUGUUCACUCACCAUGACUGUCAAUAGAUUUUCUUGAUUUAACAACUUUUUCGUCAUCUUAUUUAUCUUUUUUUUUUCGUAUGUACCAAUGAAGAAAAUAAGAUGUCUAUUUAUUUCUACCUCUACCUAUCCUGUGUCUCAUUACUAACAAGUAAUGACCAAAACUACUGAUUUCUGCACUUUUUUUACACUUUCACUAUUGUGUGAAACCAGAUUAUUUUCGCUGCUGGAUCUCUUUAAUUCCAUUUCGUCUUUUACCGUUUCAAUCGUCCUGAAGAAUCAACUUUCAAACACUAAAAUUAUAGAUAAGAAAACAAUAACUGGGACUUCAACGUUUAUUAUACCCAUUAAUCUGUAAAUCAAAGAAUUUUCAAUGGGUGACGAAUUCUUUGGGCCCUACCUCUCUGAACGCCAGUGGGGGACCGUCCGUGAAGACUACUCAUUUUCUGGAGACUGUUGGAAAUAUUGUACACAUCAUGACUCUCUCAACACAGUUUACCUUCAUGGAGAAGAUGGCUUGUUUGGCUGGUCCGAUUAUAAAGCCAAAUUAUGUGCAUCUGUAGCAUUGUGGAAUGGAAAAGAUACUAUACUUAAAGAGAGGUUAUUUGGGCUUACUGGGCCUCAGGGUAACCAUGGCGAGGAUGUUAAAGAACUAUAUUACUAUCUAUGUAAUGUCCCUAACCACAACUAUAUGAAGGCUCUGUAUCAGUACCCACAGACAAAUUUCCCAUAUAAAAAAUUAAUCAAACAAAAUAGAAAACGUUGUUUUGCUGAACGAGAAUAUGAAAUAGUUGAUACAGGUGCAUUUGUUUCUGGGUAUUGGGAUAUUUACAUGGAAUUCGCUAAAGAAGAGGAAAAAACCUGUCUUUGUCGUUAUACUGUACAUAAUCAAGGAAGUGAGCGUGCAACACUGUAUAUUCUACCUCAAAUAUGGUUGAGAGAUACGUGGAGCCAUUAUAGCUGUGAUAAAUGUCACACAUUCUCAAAACCAACGAUGAAAAUGCAUAAUGAUAAAAACGAAAUUUGUGUUCAUUAUUCCGAAGGAUGUUUUGUUGCCAAAUUUGAUUGUGGUCCUGAUGGUAGUUUUCCAACCAUGCUUUUUACUGAAAACGACAGCCAAACAUCUAAUUACACCAAAGACGCUUUCCAUCGAUAUAUUAUUUCUAAUGAAUUAACUUCUGUCAAUCCAGAAAUGCAAGGAACCAAAUGUGGUGCUCUUUAUCGCUUAACUGUAGACCCAGGAGAAAGUCAAAUUGUUCAAUGGUGUUUGUAUUCAGAAAGUGCUGUUGCUGAAUGCAGCAACUUUAAAUGGGUAUUUGAAGAGAUUUUAAGGAAAAGAGAGAAAAAUGCUAAAAACUUUUAUACUAUGAUAUUAAGUCCCUCUUGGACUGAAGAAGAAAGAAAUAUUGCCUGUCAAGCAUACUCUGGUCUCCUCUGGUCCAAACAGUUUUAUUGUUAUGAUGUUCGUAAAUGGAUAGAAUCAACUAUUAUACGUUCAGAAAGAAUGUCCCCAGAAAGUCUGUUUUGUGCAAGUGGUUGUAAUAACUGGACUGAUGCUUCGAGAAAUCAGCACUGGAUAUCUCACCUCCAAAACUGUGAUAUUAUUUCUAUGCCUGACAAAUGGGAGUUCCCUUGGUAUGCUGCUUGGGAUUUGGCAUUUCAUAUGAUUCCAUACAGUUUCCUUGACCCUGAUUUCUCCAAGAAGCAACUUCUUUUACUGUUAUCUGAUAAAUAUCUACAUCCAAAUGGUCAGCUUCCUGGUUGUGAAUUUGACUUCAGUGAUACAAACCCCCCUGUACAUUGUUGGGCGUGUCUCUCUGUUUAUCAUAAUAGUGGUUCAUAUGAUGUGAGCUUUCUAAAGAAAUGUUUUCACCGAUUAUUAUUGAAUUACAACUGGUGGACAAACACAAAUAAAAUUUCUGGCCCUGGUCAUCUAUAUUCUGGAGGUUUCUUAGGUAUGGACAAUAUUUCGAUAUUCAACCGUUCCACUGGAUCACCACCUGGAUAUAUCCUUGCUCAGGCUGAUGCCACUGGAUGGAUGGCAUUUUUUUGUGUGAAAAUGUUUGAAAUGGCUAUUGAGCUCAUUAAAACUGACCCAGAUUAUGCAGAUAUAGCAACACAAUUUUUUAGACAUUUUUUACUUAUAGCUGAAAAUGGAUCUCAAUCUACUAACAAAGCUGGAUUUUGGCAUGAGGACGAUAAAUUCUUCUAUGAUAUGCUGCUUUCACAAGAAUCUGACACAAUCAUUCCACUCUGCAUACGAUCACUAGUAGGCCUUGUUCCUUUGCUUGCUACAACUGUUAUUGAUCUUUCAUCAAUAAGGAUGAAUUAUCCUGAGCUUUUUGUUGUCCUGAGUGAUGCUUCUUGCAGCAGUAGCAAGGUGCAUAUCGACAACAACAAGCUAUUUUUAUCAUUCGUUUCUUCUGAACAGCUCCAACAUAUUCUGGGUUACCUAUUCAGUGAGACAGAAUUCUUGUCUCCCUUUGGAAUUAGAUCUCUUUCAAAGCACCAUGAACAAAAUCCUUACAGAGCCCCAGUACAGUUGGGGAUGAGUCAAAGUAGUUUCCACGACAUUGAUGAAGAAUGUCAUUGUAGAGAGAGAGAGGAAGCAAAAGAAAGAGAGAAACAAAAACGGAGAGAGGAAAGAGAGAGAGAAGAGAGAGAGAGAAAAGAAAGAGAGAGACAAGAAAGAGAGAGACAGAAAAGAGAGAGUGAGAAAGUUAGUGAGGAAGAAAGUGAGAAAGUUAGUGAGGAAGAAAGUGAGAAAGUUAGUGAGGAAGAAGAAGAAGAAGAAGAGGAAGAAAUAGAAGAAGAAGAAGAGGAGGAGGAGGAAGAGGAGAGUGAAGAUGAGAAGUCAUCUAUAAUUAUUAUGGCAACUGCUGAACAGACUGAAGCCGAUCAAGAGGAGAGUUCUACAAAUCUUGAAAGUGACAUGCAAAUGGAUGAUAAAAAUGUAAUAGAAGAAGAGGAAAGUGAUGAUGAUAUACCUGUAAAGAGAGCUAACAACAGAAUCCUGAGAUAUUCUCCAGGAGAAUCACCUACUAAUAUGUUUGGUGGCAACAGCAACUGGAGAGGUCCCAUCUGGUUAUGUAUGAACUUCAUGCUCCAUGAAUGUUUAGAUAUUUACUAUAAAGCAUUUGGCAAUGAGUAUACUGUAGAGUUCCCCACUGGAUCAAAUGAUAGAAAGAACCUCCAGGAUAUAAGAAAAGAAAUAUCCAAAAGAAUUGUAUCUCUUUUCCUCCCGAACAGAGAAGGCUGCCGACCACUUCAUGGUAAUGAACCACUUUACCAAAAAGAUUAUUUACGACAUAUAGUACUAUUCUAUGAAUAUUUCAAUGCAGAAAACGGACUCGGUUGUGGUGCUAGUCAUCAAACUGGAUGGAGUUCUAUAGUCGUGGAAUUUAUAAGAAAUCUACAUUCUUGACACCAAGUCAAUUAAAUUUCCUUGGUUUUUAAAUCA